AUGGCUGAAACGCCGGUGGCAUCUCCUAUCAACAACGGAUCUGUUGUUCCCGCUCCGCUUCUUCUGUCGGAUUCGGCGGCUAAAGACGUGAUGAUCACAUGGUUUCGCGGCGAGUUUGCGGCGGCGAACGCCAUAAUCGACGAGCUGUGCAGCCACUUAAUGCAGGUGAGCGGAACAGCGGGGGAGGAAUACGAGGGAGUGAUGGCGGCGAUUCAUAGGCGGAGGAUGAACUGGAUCCCAUUGCUCCAGAUGCAGAAAUACCAUCCUAUCUCCCAAGUUACUCUCCAGCUUCAAACCGCCACGGCUGCCAAGAUCAACAUCAACAAACUCAUCACAGAUUCAAUCCUCGACGAUGAUUCUCCCACUAGCGACAUCACUGAUUCCGGAUCUCGAGAAGAAGAGCGUGUGGAGGAGGAAGCCAUGACAAUAUGUUGCAAGCACGAGGAAGAAUGUGAAUCUCUAGCUUCUUCACUCAUCAAACAGUCCAAGCGUUUCUCGGCCAAGGAACAUGUUCGAGGACAUACGGCAAGUUCAAAACCAAACACAAUCCUCUUCUUUACUCUCCACCGUUUUGGGACCGUGGGAGACUAUGAUACCAAGCUCAUUGCUUAUAAUCUGAGUUUCCCAAAUGCAGGGGAGACGUUUGUUCUGUUCAACAAGAACACGAAAGGGACCAAAAGAGAGCUUAUUCAGCUUGGAAUUCCGAUUUUUGGGAACACCACCGAUGAACACUCUGUGGCACCUAUCCCAACCCUUCUUGAAAGUGUGAUUGAUCAUCUUCUUCAGUGGCGUUUGAUUCCUGAGUACAAACGACCCAAUGGCUGUGUGAUCAACUUCUUUGAUGAGAUCGUUGCUGGUGAUGAGAGUAAUAAGGCCCAACCGCCGCUAACCAUGAACCGUGUCACCCUGUGGCGGCAAGGCACUCCAGCUCCCCCGGUUUUAAACCCAUUCGGCAUGGUCAGAGCUCCGUUGAUGAUGCUAGCUCCGGCUCCCAAGAGGCUAGACGCUGGCACUGGAGUAUUCUUGCCGUGGACACCGCCAGUGUCAAGAAAACCAACAAAGCAUCUCCCACCGCGCGUCCAGAGGCUGCGUCUCCUAUCAUCAGCUGCAAAGUCGGUGGCAGAUCGUGAAGCCUCAUCAUCACCGGAUAUCGGAGUGAGCUGA